CUCGCGGCGGCCACCUGCCCCGCCAACCUCCGCUGCCCCCUGCGCCGCACGGAGCGCCGCCAGCCCAGCGCCGCAGCGCGGACACACGCCCCGAGAGGGGGAGGGGAGCAGCAAACUUUUUGCAUCCACCCAGCCUGAGCCUCCCUUCCGGGGAGAGGAGGGGACUACAGCCCCGGGACCCAGGCGGCCGCACUCGGCGCUGCUGCUCUCCCGGCCGGAGCACAAGGGAUUUUCACAAACCUAGAAAUGAUCCUCCCAGUGGCCUGGAGACAAUCAGGACGGGAAUAUAAAAUCGUGAAGAAAAAGCAGCGCUUUUAGGACGACGUCAUGCUUUCUGCAACUCCCCUGUAUGGCAACGUUCAUAGCUGGAUGAGCAAUGAAAGGGUCCGCAUGUGUGGAAUUAAUGAAGACAGGAAAAUUCCAGUAAAUGAUGGCGAUGCUCCGAAAAGCAGAUUGGAAUUGAGGGAAGAAAAUCACCUGAAUCACAGUGUGGUGGAUGCCACUACAGCACAUCGCAUUGACAGUCUUGCAGCUCUGAGCAUGGACAGGUCUGGACUUAUGCGGGAAGGACUUAGAGUUCCCAGUAGUAUUGUCUAUUCCAGUUUAUGUGGACUUGGCUCAGAGAAAGGACGGGAUGCUACAAGUUCCAUAGCUGGUCUUGGAUUUACUCCUGAAAGAAAUCCAGAGAUGCAGUUCAAAUCGAAUCCCUCUGAAGCAAUAGAAAAUGCAGCUGUCUCUGCAAAACCCCCAAAUGGCUUCAGUGCUAUAUAUAAAACACCUGGAAUACAAAAAAAUUCUGUUCCAACAGGGGAAACACUAGGCUUGGACAGAACUUCAAGUGACAAACAAAGUCCUCUUAAUGUCAAUGGUGCUAGUUACCUAAGGCUUCCCUGGGUAAAUCCUUAUAUGGAGGGUGCAACACCCGCUCUAUAUCCUUUUCUUGACUCACCAAAUAAGUAUUCAUUGAACAUGUAUAAGGCAUUGCUACCUCAGCAGUCCACAUACAGCUUACCACAACAUCUGACGUAUUCACCUGUAUGUACAAAUGGCGAACGUUUUUUAUAUCUACCGCCUUCUCACUACGUUACUCCCCACAUUCCAUCAUCUUUAGCUUCACCAAUGAGGAUCUCAGCUGCUUCAGCAUCUCCAGCAAUUCCACCACUAGUGCACUGUCCAGAUAAAAGCUUGUCUUGGAAGAUGGGAGUCAGUCCUGGAAAUCCUAUUGACUCUCAUGCCUAUCCACAUAUUCAGAACAGCAAACAGCCCAGAGUCCCAUCUGCAAAGUCAGCUGCUGGUAAUAUGUCAACAGACCCUGCUAUCUUGUUAUCUCAUUCACCAAGACCAUCUCCUAGAGUUCAUCUGCCCACACAAGUUGGGGAUACCUACUCGGAGUAUCACAAACAGUUUACCAGAAUUUCGACGUCCCCUUCUUCAGUUACGCUCCCAAAGCCAUAUGUGAGUGUAAGUAAUGAAUUUCCUUCUUCACGACUAUCUAAUGGAAAAAUUCCCAAAACUCAUGACACUGGUGAAAUUUCACAGCAAGCUGCAACACAUGUAAGAAAAACAGGUCAUGAUAGAAAGGACAGCCGGUCACCUCUGCCAAUAGAAAAACAGACAACUGCCAAAGAUGUCAUAGACAAGCCAUUAGACUUGUCAUCAAAAGUUGUUGAUGCAGAGACAACCAAAUCUGACCUUAUUAAAAAAAUGGCACCUACUGUUUUAGUUCAUAGCCGAGGUGGAAGUGGAUUAGUUUUACCUGGAAGCGAUGUUCAGAAAGAAACUAUUUUUCCUUCGGGAAAUGGUUGUCCUCUCUAUAGACCUGAAAUAAUUAGCACUGCGCCCUCAUCCUGGGUUGUUCCUGGUCCAAGUCCGAACGAAGAUACCGGUGGUAAAAACAUGCAGUUGAAAAACAAAGCAUUAGACUGGGUGAUACCACAACAGAGAAGUUCUUCUUGCCCUAGGAUGGGUGGAACAGAAGCAGUAGUCAGUAAUAUUUCAGGGUCUGUGUCAAGUGGAGGUCGGCCAGCAUCUGCUUCACCAGCCCCAAAUGCCAAUGUAGAUUGCACCAAGACAAACAGGAGUGCUAUGGAAAGUACUGCAUCUGUCAUACAGCAUAUAGGACAACCUUUAGCAACGUCUGCAAAACAUAACAGUAAAGUGACUAAGUCCAAUAAUCAAGAAUCUAGUUUUAAAGCAAAUGAGAAUGCCCUUGCAUCGAGUUCCAUGUUUUUACCUCCAAAUGAGGCAUUCCGAUCUCCACCAUUGCCAUAUCCAAGAAGUUAUCUCCCAUUUCCGGUUCCAGAGGGUAUAGCUAUAAGCCCUUUAUCUUUACAUGGAAAAGGACCUGUGUAUCCUCAUCCACUUUUGUUACCCAAUGGCAGUCUUUUCCCUGGGCAUCUGGCACCAAAACCUGGCAUUCCAUACACCCUGCCAGCUGCUAGAGGAGAGUUUAUGACCUAUCAAGAUGCCCUGGGGAUGGGGAUGGUACAUCCUAUGUUGUUACAGCAUUCAGCUUUGGAAAUAAAUAAGGAUGAAAAAUCAGAAAGAAGAUCUAGAUCACACGAAAGGCUCCGCUAUGAGGAUCCUGCUACAAGAAACAGAUUGCCAGAGAUGCUGGAAACCAAUACAAAAACACAUUAUGAAGUACCUAUUGAUAAGAACACAAAAUUACACCAAAGUUCAAGUCAUAGUAAGAACGCAGCCAAAAGUGACAAACAUAUCUUUUCAGAUCUUCUGCGAGAUGAACAAGAUGUGAAAAGUGAAACAAAUGUAGCAAAAUCUGGCUUUACUACUGAAAGCAGUAAUCAAACUAGUGACAUCACGAAGCGCAAGGUAGAACACGUGUUUCAGCACAGAGAUUUUAUUGUAAUGAGAGAAGAGUUUGGAAGAAAUAAUGAUUUCCACGAAACCUAUAAUUUUAAACAGGCCCAGAAUUCAUCACUGUUCAAUUUAAGGAAAGAGGACGUAUCAGGAAGCCAAAAUAAAGAAAGAUUACCAGUUCAGCCUUCCUCUGCUUUCUUAGAGAAUACUCAUGGAAGUGAUGGUCCAGCUAUGUGUUUUGGCAAAGUACAGGAUGGUGCAAAACAACUUUGUAUGGGAAAUAUACAGUCAAGUAUUGAGUCUAAUCAGACAUAUACCAAAGAUGGAACUGAUGAUCUAGAAUCUACUGAUGGCAAAAUAUUGAAACCCAAGCCGUCUAAAUUGGCAAAAAGAAUUGCAAACUCUGCUGGCUAUGUAGGUGAUCGAUUCAAGUGUGUUACAACUGAACUGUAUGCAGAUUCUAGUCAACUCAGCCGAGAGCAGCGGGCACUGCAGAUGGAAGGAUUACAAGAGGACAGUAUUUUAUGUCUACCUGCUGCUUACUGUGAGCGUGCAAUGAUGCGCUUCUCAGAGUUGGAGAUGAAAGAGAGAGAAGGCCACACAGCAACCAAAGACUCAGAGGUCUGCAGAUUCAACCAGGCAGACUGGGAAAACUUGAAGGGAAAUAAUGAAAAGAAGCCAAAGUCUGUCACUCUGGAAGAUGCCAUUGCUGAUCAAAAUGACAAUGAUAGAUGUGAUUUUAAUAGUGCAGAAAACAAUCAAGAUCACUUUCUUGAAACCUCAGAGGAAAGAGAUCCUCCAACUGAGAAAUAUUAUCUGGAGAGACAUCCUCUCUAUGAAAAUAUAGGGGACCAGUCAACAGAAGAUAUCAGUCAGCAUCCAUGCCCACGUCUGGAUAGAAAGCGUAAACACUCUGGCGAGAGAUUACAAAAUGAGGGCAGCCAAAACGAAAACUCUGUGGAUGAGCUGCAGGAUGAAGCUGUGUCAAAGGCAAAAAAGAGGAGAAGCUCCAAAGAUGACUGGCCUGAGAGGGAAAUGACAAACAAUUCCUCUAACCACUUAGAAGAGCCCAAUUGUAAUGAGGUGACCAACCUGAAGGUGUGCAUUGAAUUAACAGGGCUCCAUCCCAAAAAGCAGCGUCACCUGCAGCAUCUUAGGGAACUAUGGGAGCAGCAGGUGUCACCAGAGAGAUCCCCAUCCGGCAAGUUGGGCCGGCAAAGCAGGAAAGAUUUAGCUGAGGCUGUUCAGCCAGAGGCCACUGCAAAGGUCAAAGACUGCACAGAAGAAAGGCACACCAGGAAAAGGUCAGAGGUCAAAAGCAAUAGAAGUUGGUCUGAAGAGUCCCUCAAAACAAGUGACAAUGAACAAGGAUUGCCUCUAUUCAUGGUCUCUCCGCCCGCGAAGAGCCUUUCAUCCACCAAUGCAAACAGCAAAAAGCAGACUCAGCCAAGCUGUACUCCAGCCUUGAGGUUGGCUGCCAAACAGCAGAAAAUUAAAGAGAGCCGGAAUACAGAUGUGCUGUGCACAGACGAAGAGGAGGAUUUCCAAGCUACAUUCCUGCUGCAGAGAUAUUCUGAGUGUGAGAAGCCAUCAGGGAAACGCCAGUGUAAAACAAAACACUUGGCACUACAGGAGCGGAGAAGGAGGUCAUCUCUGACAGGGGAUGACACCACAGAUAUUGAAAAUGCUGAAGAUAAGCCCUCGCAGUUGCAGAUUGCAAGCACCCCUCAGGAGACCACCCCAAGUCGUCCCAUGCCGCCUGAAGCACGAAGACUUAUUGUCAAUAAGAAUGCUGGCGAAACUCUUCUGCAAAGGGCAGCUCGUCUGGGAUAUGAGGAAGUGGUUUUGUAUUGUUUGGAAAACAAGGUCUGUGAUGUAAAUCAUCGUGACAAUGCAGGUUAUUGUGCCCUCCAUGAGGCCUGCGCCAGAGGCUGGCUGAACAUUGUGCGACAUCUCCUAGAGUAUGGGGCUGAUGUUAACUGCAGCGCUCAGGAUGGAACCAGGCCUAUCCAUGAUGCAGUAGAAAACGAUCACUUAGAAAUUGUCCGCUUGUUACUUUCUUAUGGCGCUGAUCCAACACUUGCUACCUACUCAGGUAGAACUAUUGUGAAAAUGACGCACAGUGAACUGAUGGAAACAUUUCUAACAGAGUAUUUAACUGACCUGCAAGGUCGAAGUGUUGAUGACCCUGGUUUGUACUGGGAUUUCUAUGGCAGCUCUGUGUGUGAUCCAAAAGAUGAAUCUGGAUUUGACAUCCUGGCAAAUCCCCCUGGCCCAAGUGAUGAGGAUGAAGAUGGCUUUAGCGAUGUCUUUGAAUUUGAAUUUUCAGAUGGGCCCCUCUUGCCAUGUUACAACAUCCAAGUGUCUCUUUCUCAGGGACCACGAAAUUGGGUAUUGCUGUCGGACAUAGUAAAGAGGCUGAAAAUGUCAUCCCGCAUAUUCCGUUGCAAUUUCCCUAAUGUAGAAGUUGUCACAAUCACCGAGGCAGAGUUUUACAAACAGAUAUCUUUGAGUCAGUUGUUCUCUUGUGCUAAGGACCUUGAAGCUUUUAAUCCAGAAAGCAAGGAACUCUUGGACUUAGUAGAGUUUACAAGUGAACUUCAGACUUUACUUGGAUCUUCACUUGAGUGGUUGCAUCCGGAUGAUGAUAAUCUCUCUGAUCUCCAUUGGUGAGCCACCAGGCCAUUUAAUGUAUAGUACCAUAUAAAGUUAAUUCUUUAUGUAUAUGUGUUAAAAUGCAAUUGUUUCUGUAAAGAAAGGACACUAUUAAAUAUUAAAAUAUCUUUCCUUUAUAUAAGAGAUUUGAAUUCCAGUUUGAUGGACUUUGGAACAUUUUUUUUUUUUUAAGAACUUUAAUCGGUUUUUACAAAAUUGUUGUAUAAUGUUUCUUUAAAUGCACACAGGCUUUGGGAUACUUUUGUUUUUACUUGGAACACAUUUAAAAAAUAACACAUCCACACAUUGACUUUGUUUCAUACAAAGCACUGAUUACACAGAACGUACUUUUAUAGGUGAUGUGAUCAAAGUCAUGUGGCUUGUUUGGGAGAGAGAAUUUGGUAAGGCACUUCAUGAUAUUAUUUUUGUUUACAGAAUUACCUGCGUGGCCAGGUAAGUGCUAUUGAAUGUAAUUCAGUAGCUUGUAAUAUAAAUUAAAACCAUAUCCAUAAACACCAACUAAUUGUAUGGACUUUUAUAUCCUAAUUUAAAAACUGUGAAAUUUAGUUUUCACACAUCAAACCGGAUUGUUUAUAUAUGUUUAAACAUUUUAUGCUCUUUAUUUAAAGAAGACUUUGAACUAUUUUUUCUGUAUCUUGUAAAAUAUUGAAAAACUAACAUAUGUUGAAGUUGCUUGAAACUGUACAUAAACUAAAAUUUUCUGAAUUGUGUGUUUACGUUUGAGAUCUGUGUUUUAACUUUGUAAGUAAAUUCUCCUGCCUUUGUAUUUAUAUUUUACAAAAAUUUUCUUAAAGGCAAUAAAACUGUUGAGAAAAUUAA